AUGAAAUUUAAAAAAACCUCCCUUAAGCCUGGUGUUAAUUUCGUUUUGUGUUUUGCCCCAAUUUUAUACUUUCUUACCUGCACAUACUGUUUUUCACCCAAAUUUACCACUAACUCACUAUUUAACCCAAAUUUAAGUAUCGCAUUUUCACUUUCAACCCCGCUAUCGCACUAUAGUAAUGAGGGAAAUGGAGGAAAUGUAUCAGAGUUUUCUAGUUUACAUAGUUUUCGAUCAGGAUCGGCCACCAACGAACUUCAAUGCGGAGAGAUUGUUUACGGAACACCGCUAAAGAGGAACCAGGACGGGACUAUUAUGGUGGAUAUAGGCCUCCCUCAGACUUUAAUCGCAUCAAAAUCCACACUCUACUUCAUGAACGAAGAUGAACAUUAUAGACUAAAUAACCUACUGUCAGCAGCGGAAAGAGAUAAAACUCAAAUUAACAUGAGGCAGAAGAUGAUUUAUGACACAAUUCAUACGUCUAAGAAGUUCCCUGAAAGGAAGAGAAAAACCUAUUUCAAACCUAAAUAUCCAUAUCCAUACGAUUAUUUAAAAUCACUGAGGAAGAAGGAAAGGUAUAUUCCAUUUGAUAUUGGAGUAGGUGCUGAGAUUAGGCCUCAAGAUUUUUCGGUGCCUUCUGAGAAAAAGACGCCCGAGUUCCUGAAGAACCUGGAUCGUAUGGAAUUUUUGGUAACCGACAUCAACCCGUACUCGAACUACAUUUACGGAGAGUUUUUCUCAGUAAACAUAGUGGAAACUAAGAGGAAAACAUACUCACUAAUGCACCUGGAUUCACUUAACAAAAAGUACCACUUUGUACCAUAUGAAGGCAUUGUGACUGAUAUCAUGGACAAUGUUCUGAAGGUCAGCCUGACGAACUGUAGACGCAGUGAAAUGUACGGAGUCAACGCAUACACGUUAACAACAGGAAAUGACAAAAUUGGUGAUAAAAUACAGGUGUAUUUGGCCGGGAGUGAGGUUGUACCUGAGCAAGUAUAUUUGUUUAGAAGUCAGAUAUCACACCCGAUACUUCGAAGAGAGAAUUUGAAUAUGUUAAUCAAUUCAAUAAUAAAAUAUUAUGCAAGGACUGGGAAGUGGUUUAAGGCUGAAGUCGAUAAGGUUUACCAGGAUUUCCUAAGUUUUAGGCUCUCAGGAGGGUAUAAAGAAGAGUAUUUGGCAUAUAUUACCAAGGAACAUUUGCCCUAUAAUUACCCCGAGGAACUUCUUAACGAAAGCUUUAUUAGAAUUAACAAACCACACCGAUACUUUGUACAAAAAGAUAUAGAAAUCAAUUUUGGAAAACUUAAUCACAUAUAUCAUUACGAUAAUUCGAUUUAUGUUAGAGGUAAUGAGCUGAGUGUUAAAAAUGUUUAUCAACCCAUUUCACAAGUUGAUCCCAUUUCAAACUUAAUGAUGUUUACAACCACCAAAAACUACUAUAAACCAACACCAACAAUGGAAAAAUAUUUCCUUAAAAUAUGUACUAAUGUAAUGUGUAGGAUAAGACAGGAUUCGGAUAAGUAUGAGAUAAAAAAGGACUUGACAUACCCUUGUAUAGUGAUAGGAAAUGAUAGAGGGCUGGUAUAUUUCGCUAUAAAUGACAAGUUUAAGCCUAAUUUCACACUAAAUGAUGAUUAUCUCAUCGGAGUAAUGGAUGCAGGACAAUAUUCCACUAACGUCGAAAUAGGCAGAAUAGUACACGUGAAAUUGGGAAGUAUAGAGAAGUAUAGAUUGGAAGGUGUAUAUGCUGUCCAACAGAGGCGUAGAGAUGAAAGAUAUGUUACGAUGCCAAUUACCGAGUGGCUAAGUAACCUUACCGAAAAAGAACUCAGAACACAUAAAAUUAACCUGAAGGAGUUGGAAUUAAAGAUCUUGGUAAUGAGUAACUUUAUUUACCCGUCUUCUGAUUCUCCACAAAUGAACGAGUUUUUAACCCUGCAGCCAGUUUUUGCAGAAAAUCAUUUUGCAGAUGAUUUAGAGUCUGAAGAUAUUGCAGAUACAAUACUUAGCAGAGACCUGAGUCAGGACAGUUUUUUCCUAAACGAUCCAGAGGAAGAAAUGUAUCCCAGUAUAAAAGAACUGAGCAUGGAACGAGAACUUGGAUAUGUUGUUCUGAAAGAACGCACAAUUUUCGAAACAGAUUACUUUUUACAUAAUGAAGAGCUUAGAGAAAUAUUUUUAAAGGAAAAUAUGGACCCUAAGGCGUAUAGGAAACUUUUGAGGAAUAUUGAGUGUGCAAAGUAUGACCCACCAUGUUUGGUUCAAGAAUUCUUUGUAAACUCUAAAAAUGAACCCUUUUGGGAGUUUUUAGAAAGACUCAUGAGUCAAACUGAGAGGAGAAAGAUUACAUUAAAGGAGGCUUUGGAAUUUGAGAGAAGUAUAAUGAGACUUUUGUCCCAGAGCCAUAAAUUGUACUUGGAAAGAAUAUAUGACAUGUUACCAAAAGAAGCAGCUAUGUUCUCUAGUAUAGUUCCAAACUCUUAUGAAAAUACCUUUUAUUCAUUGGGUGAAUUGAUAAAAUAUUACGACGCUGUGAGGCAUGAUUAUAUCAUGGACAGGUCAGUAAGCAAGUCAAUUUUAAGAGUUUUGAAGAUUCUGACACAUCCAAACUACUCGCUCAUGUCUCUGCUCAGAGAAAGACAUAGAAAGAUUUUGAAUGAUGUGUUUUUCUACUUCUCAAAGUCUUUGAACUAUGACUCCUACAUGAGCCUGAACAGACCCGUCGUUUUAAGGAAUCAAGAACGUACUGAAAUUCCAAUUGCAAUUGAUGAAGAAGAUGCAUCCUCAAUUCCAAUGGCACCCUACACUGAAAUCAUUAAAAAUCCAAGAAUUUUAACCAAUGAAUUACAAGUUUAUGGACUCUCAAUGAUUAGGAAAAUGUAUUCUGAUCUUCUCAGGUUAAAUGAUCCUUUUAAGUCUAAGUAUAUUAAACCAUCACACGUGGACGAUUCUGUCGAAGAUAUUGAUUUUGGGCCUGAUGACUUGAGCGACCUUGAACCUGAGGCUAGAAGAAUGUUUAGGGAUGUGGACAUAAACGAAUACGCACUGAACAAUCUCGACGGAUCAAAAAUGAGCCUAAAGGAACUCUCAAAGGCCUGGAAAAGACUUAACAGGUACCCGAAAGAUGUGUCAUUGCAGGAUUUGAGGGAAUAUUUGGAAGACAUGCAAAAGGUGAAUAGAGUUCACGGAAUCAAGCUACCAAUAAUUUAA